AAAAAAAAAAAAAAAAAAAAAGUAGUUAAUCAGUGGCCUAUCUUCAGAGAAAGCCUUGUAGGGACUGGCUUCAGAUAAUGGUAUCACUUACACCUGUGCAAUUGAUAAUAUCAGAACUCCUUUCAGGCAACUCUGAAUAUCAUUUGAGAUCUAUGAGUUGUGACUGGAAGCAACGCUUGGACCAUGAAACACUGUGUGUGUAAGGAGAAUGUAGGUUCAUCAUCAAAUCCCAAACUGAGAUCACAGGGACUGACAGUAAAUGGAGGAAAAAGAAAACUUUUAUUUGAAACAGAGAAGAAAACCUCUCAGAAGUCACUAAGGAACAGGCAAAGGAACUGUCUUGCUUUUAGUAGGACUGUAAUUUAAGUCCUGAAGAGCUACAUUUGGCUCCUUUAGCAAGAUUACAAAGUACCUUAUUAGAAACACAAUGUAUUGUAAAGCAGGUCUUAGGAGCCUCUGGACGGCCAAGCCUUCAAGGGUUUGUUAUAUGGUACACCAACCAAAUGUACAAAGAAAUAAAGUAAUGAUUAUGGAGAAGGAUAUAUAUUCUUAAACUCUCUGAAAACAGUUCCAAUUCCCAGUUCUGUCCUUCGCCUGUUUUAGACAAAACUUUGGCUGUUAACCACAAGAGUAAUGCACCUCGAUCAAAAUGAAACUCCGAUUUUUGGUAUGUGUCCUGUGUUACAUCCAUAUCAGCCCUUUAAAAAGGGCCCUUGGUGUUGGGCCUGACUUCUCCCGUCCAAUGACCAGACAAACAGCAGUAGUAACUAAUGACAGCAAACGAAGAGCUUCUAUAUUCCUGAUAAACAAGUGAAAUAUGAAUGGAGGAACUGAGCUAGACUGAUUCUGUAUACCUUCCCAGCCAGAAGCACAGAUUAGGCUGGGCAGCUAUUGCAACACUGGAUGCACAGGUAUGUUUUACUUGCAGAAAUACACAAGCUUGGAACAAAGUCAUUGCUGCUGCAGGUUAUUGUAGCUGCGACAUAUUGCAGCCCACGGGACACAGACUGUGUGUUUCCCUCUUGUCACUUGUAAAAGUUCCUGUUGCAUUUUCUGCUGAUGACUUCUGGUUCCUACAGCUUCCUUUUUCCUUGUGGAAAUAGCAGUGCAGUGGGAACAGUGUGGUUGGAGGUUGCUGUGGGUUCCCCGGGGAAGAGCAGCUGGUAGGGAAGGGGCAGCUUGUCCCCAGCAGCUGGUCCCUAGGCCUUGCUGUGUUUCCCUAUUCCAGCCUGUGGUAAUGCUGGAGCUAAACGAGGCUGUGAAGCAUGGCAAGGAUGUCAUACAGCAGUUGUGUCUCCUGUGAUGUCACUGGGCCAAGUCAUUAAUGGAUUAGAGGAAAAUAGUCUUUAUUCUUAAUAAAAGCCUCCUUGCAUUUUAAUCUGAUUUGUGUUCACAUUGAAAGACACUGGAUGUUCCCUUGCUUUGGUCCACAGCAACAAGUCUGAGACAAGACAGUAAGUUACAUUAAGACAGUUCCUGUUCAAAAAUUCAGUGUAUUCCCCGAGAACAAUACAACGUGUCUGCCAUGACAGGGGCAAAACAGAAAGGUUUCUAGCAGAAAAGGGUAACAGGAAAAUUAUCAACAAAGGGACAACUGAAAGAAGUGGACAUAAAGUUUGGAAAUCGUAAUAUGGAAGGUCUAGUAUACCCUUCUGAAUGACAUUUCAAUCAAAGAAAUUUGGAAACAACCCUAAUUCUAACCCUCUGUUUUAUGAACAUAAAUUUUACUGCUGUGUUCUGUAGCAUUCUGAAUCAUCAGAUAUGCUGCUAUAGUUGUCAGCUUAACAGGUCUCUUCAUCCAUGCAUCCUUCUACCUGUGCCUCUCCCACAACCAGCUUGCCCUUUGAACUUCACUGCCAGCUUAACCUGGUGAAAACAGGCUUAAGUUCUUGGACAAUUCAGAGCAGAAAUGUCUUUCUGGUGCUUUUAUAUGCUAUUUGGCAGAGAAGCCCAUUGAAGAACUGGAGCCCUAAUAGUAUUCAGAAAACAGGCAUAAAAAUCUCUCCUCUCUUCCAUAUAGUUUCAUCAGCUUUCUGCAGCUUUAUGUUUCCAUCACAGCUCACCUGCAUAGAAAACAUUCUCUGCAAAGAUUGGAAGUGAAGACUUUUAUUUACAAGUAUAACAUCACAGUGCUGCUCAGAAAAGGAAAGUAAAUACACUAAAGAUCCUCUGGUCCUCCCCCCACCCCCAAACAACCCUGUGUAACUGAUGUUGAGCAGUGCUUCAAACCAGAGAGCUGCUCCAAGGAGCAGGCAGCAACAGGGGAUUACCUGGCUGGCUUGUACUGUACAAAGAAAGCUCACAGGGUUUGAUAGCACCUGAGGGGUCCAGGGGCCUCUUGAACUGUUAGAGUCUCUUCUGGGAGGGGCCAGGAAAGAAGAGCCUUGUGCUGUCAACCAGUCUCAUCUGCAGGAACUGUCGUACCCAGGGCCACUGAGAGGCCUUUUGCCAUGCUUAAGUCUUUGCACUCUCCCUUGGUAACAACUCCUGUUAGCACCUGUUUAUAAGUUCUUUCACUGCCUGUCUGUCUCACACACUGCCAGGUGAUAACCCAAAUUUCCCAUUCACGCUCAUCUCUGAUCCAAGCUUGCUUCCCUGUGAAUUGCUGUGACAAAUUUCUCCUGAUAGUCUCAGUACUGGGGAAGAUCUCCAUCACUGAUUUGCUACAGAAUGAAUUCACCCUCUAGAGUUCAAGUAGGAUCAGAAGAUGCCUUUUGGACAUCAGGUUUGCCUGUUGAGGUGAGCAACUGAAUCCAUCUCAAAGUGGAGAACACUCCAGUUCUGCUUGAACAUGUUCUGAGUACCCCUGAAACCUCCCCCGGUGACCUGUGCUGCAUCUUAUCCAGAGAAGCAAAAGAAAGAAAACAGAAAAUACCAGGAAGACUCUGCAGGAACUGCCUGCAGAACCAGUACUGCCCAGAGGUAAAUUCUGGAGAAACAGGCACUGCUAAUCUUUGAGGUCCCAUGGCAGGAUCCACACCAACAAAGCUGACAUCCAGAGGAAGGUUCUGAAGGGUGAGGAGGUGGGAAAUGAGGCCCAGUCUUUCCAAGAUGCUUGUCAACAUGUACAGAAAGUUACUUACUAGAAUAUUCAAAAGCCCUUAGCUGUAUAGGUUCCAUAAGUGUGCUCUGAUACCUGGGCAGUACAGCAGGUACCGAACACUAUGGCAGUUAGAAUGACCACUGUGAAUAUGUGAAAGCAGGGUCAAAAUUCCAAAAGCCCCUGUGAAGAAACACCAAGGCGAAAUUACAUUUUUUUUUUAUUUCUGCCAGAACAGCUCUGUAAAUUCAGCAGUAAGUUUUCAAAGGAGGAUCCAGAAAUAAAAUACACACCUCUAGUAACUGCAUGGAGUGUGAUGGGAAGAUUACCAAGUACUUAUAUAUAAUUCUAGUUACUAUAUCCAAAGGAUGAUAUGGAGCAAUCAUUUGUAUUUAUGCUGCUAUUAAGGUUGCUGUCCUGCAUGGGCAGAACUGAGCAGCCAAACCAGUCCCUUUGUCCCAGUCAUGUUGAAGUGGUAGGUUUCUACAAACGCACUUUUAUAUUUAGUUAUGCCUGCUGUAGCCUCAUCAAACGUUAGCACUCACCAUUUCAGUUACUUCCACUGACAAAGACUUUGAGCUGUUUAAUGCACCUGAUGCUGAUCAUUCCUGCCUGGAGCCAUGGUGAAAUGCAUUCACUAGUCACUGCUUUAUUAACUCCUGAGGCAUUUUACUAGAGGCAUUCAGUGGGCAGAACAUCUUUCUUUUUGAGAUUAGAAAUGAUGUGAAAUACUUAUGAGUUAUUAACUUUUUAGCUUUAAAUCCGUUUGCUUUGACUUUCUAGAGAUUUGCUUCAGGGUUGGAGAAGAAUGUUUCCAGGUGAGACAGAUUUGGUUCAGCUAGUUGAGACAGAUGCAGCUCAUUUGGGGGUGGGAGGGAGAAUGGUGAAGGGAGGAUAAAAGGCUUUGGAAGGCACUGUAGAGUCCUUUCUGUUGGGGAAAUUUUUCUAGUCUUCUGUCUUAUUAACUGCCUCUGGUUUUCUCCAUCUUAUUAUGCCAUCACCUAUUCCUCUUAAUUGUUUCCUUUCUUUUGAGUAUUCCCCAUCUGCAGAUUUGCGCCCCUGCAGCAGCCCUUUAGUUAUCCCUGGCAAAGACAGCAAAAGCUUUUUGGGGGGAACUCCUUCAGUCAGGACUCGCCGCUUGCCUCCACGCCUGGCCUGGUGCUCCAUUGACUGGGAGCAACUCUGCCUCCUGCAGCCCAUAGGCUCUGGGGGCUUUGGUUCUGUCUACAAAGCUACCUACCGUGGUACAACCGUGGCUGUAAAGCAGGUGAAGAAAAGCAGCAAAAACCGGCUGGCAUCGCGACAGAGCUUCUGGGCUGAGCUGAACGUAGCCUGGCUACAGCAUGAUAAUGUGGUACGUGUGGUGGCUGCCAGCACGUGUGCCCCAGCCAGCGAGAACAGCCUGGGCACCAUCAUUAUGGAGUAUGUGGGCAGCAUCACCCUGCACCAUGUGAUUUAUGGCACUGGUGAUACGUGGAGACAGGGUGAGGAUGAUGAAGGAGGAUGUGGAAGGAAGGCCCUGAGCAUGGAAGAGACUGUGUGCUAUUCUUGUGACAUCAUGACUGGCUUAGCCUUUCUCCACUCACAGGACAUUGUGCACUUGGACCUGAAGCCUGCAAACAUCUUUAUCACUGAGCAGGGAGUGUGCAAGAUUGGAGACUUUGGGUGCUCCCAGAAACUGGAGGAGGGCUUGUCCCACAGCCCCCAUGUUUGCCAGCAAGGGGGCACAUACACACACCGUGCCCCUGAGCUCCUCAAGGGGGAGAGGGUCACUGCCAAAGCAGACAUCUACUCGUUUGCCAUCACUCUCUGGCAAAUUGUCAUGCGGGAGCAGCCCUACCUGGGAGAGCGGCAGCACGUGCUCUAUGCUGUGGUAGCCUACAACUUACGCCCUUCACUGGCUGCUGCUAUUUUCCACGAGUCACCACUGGGCCAGAAACUCCAAAGUAUUAUUAGCUGCUGCUGGAAGGCCAAUGUAGAGGAGCGCCUGAGUGCAGCCCAGCUGCUUCCCAGCCUCAGGGCCCUCAAACAGAGUCUCUAGGAAAACUCGGGACACUUUAAAUUUAUUUUGUCAACUUUUCUUUUCCUUAACCCUUUCUCUGAACAUAAUUAAUUUAGCCCCUGUGUGUUCUAAAGGUUUUGUUGCUGGUUUGUUAUACUAAAAAAAAAACACCACCAAACUGUUUUGAUAUAAAAAGACUAUAAAUAAAGAGAUUUAAUAAAACUGUGGGCUUUUACCUUGGGAGGGAAUAGACACAAGGAUCAAGACACUGGCAGAUACAACUUCUUCAGGCUGAUCUGUUCUGUGCUGUCUUGCUCAGGGAGAAACUGGGGAAUGUGAUGUGCAAAAAAAAAUAGUUGGUUUUAAGUAAGUGAAGUACAAAAAAAGGGGCUAAGGAGCUGCUUUUGGAAGGUUCUUUAUACCUAAUACCUUUCGGUAUUUUCAAAAUGUCAGAUAUGAAUAGUUCCUCACUAGCUUGGGUUGUGCAUUUGAGCUUUUCCUCUCCAUUUACCAAGGAAUGAGUAUGUAUCGCAAAUCAGAAAAAUAAAUACAGAGUGUCAGUGGGGUUUUUUUUCCCUUGUUCUUGGAUGUACUUAAUUCCAGUAAGUAUGCUGGUUUUGAUAUGGAAAAUGUGAACUGAUGAUAUACAUCUUGAAAUAAGGAAACUUUUUGCCAGUCUAAGGCUAUUAAGAGUAAGAAGAUACAUUAACAACCUGUACUUUUAUAAGACCUCCCUGCUACGAGGGAGGUGUUAGUUGCAACUUGCUAGCUGGAACACUGCAAACUUUAAUAUCUGAAGCAUUUUAAGAGCAUCUUGUGCAGAGCAGAAAGUUACCAAGUUUUUGAGGUACAGGGUGAGUUAGAAAAAUAAAAAAAUCGGGGAAAAAAUUAUUGGUCAAAGGAGGAUUAUUUGUGCUUCAUAAUGCAUGGGUCAGUAUUAGACAAGAUACUGGAAGUACUGUAAAGAAAGUUUGCUUAAAGCAGUAAUAAUGAUACUCUGCUGGUACUCAAAGUGUUUGCCGUUGGACUAUCCUCUGCACUGCUUAUGUCUUAUCUACUAUCUUUCCUAAUCUGGCUGUAAUGUGUCUGGGAAAGGAAGUGCUGUAGGCAAUGCAGAUGACAAAGAGCUCUGAUCCAUGAUUUAUCAGAACUGAUAAUUGUACAUCUGAGCCCUUAUCAGAGGCCAACUGCUGUAGCUGAUAUUGUCAUUCUGCUCAAAGACUCUGCUUCUUUUUAAGACAGGAGAAAGAGUGAUGUUUCAGUCAAAUUGUUUUUCUUCUUUACCCUUCCUCCCCCUUGCUUCCAUUCUGGAAAAAAAAAAUCCCCAAGGAAUUGAGCCAGUUUCCUGAUUUCUGACACACAUCUGUUCUUAGCCCCGUGAAAUCCUGGAAAUGAGCAACUAUGUGAAUUUGAGAUGAUUCUGUAGGUCUUUAUGGUAUUUGGGUUGGUAAUUGAAAUUAAUGGUUUAUAAAGCAUAUCUAAGCUUAACUAUUUCUUGGUCUUCCGUCCCCCUUAAGCGGAACUGUAAAAUGCUGGCUGGAAUCAAAAAACCUAAGGUGAAUCCUGGAAAAUAUUUUCCAUGUUUUCUCUGUCAAAAUAAUUAUGCUAUAGAACCAGAACUUUUUUUGUGUGUGUAGCAUAACUUACUUUAAUAAAGAAGAUAUCUUAAAGAAGUUAUUAUGAUAAGUCAGUUACCUUUUGAAAUGAUUAGCUGAGGGCAUCUAAGAUAAAAUAUUAGAUAAAGCCAAUUGACAUGCCUUAUCUUAACAUCAAGCCUUAAAUAAAAGUGCUUCUCCAGUUUUCAAAAGUAUAUAAUAAAAAAUGGAAUUGAAGUUUGUUAGUAGUUCCUGGAUGCUUAUGUGUUGUAUUUAUUUUGCCAAUCUAGGUAGCUGGUUGCUUAUACUGCUAGAAAACUGCUAUUUUUUUCCUUAAUGAUCCUUCAGCAUCAACAAGUGCUACUUGAGUCUCUGUGAAAAAUCAAGCACCCUUCAAAUUCUCUGUUGUACUUGACAGAAUGAUAGUGGAUGGCCAAGACCUACUCUUGAAGUAUAAUCAGCUCUGCAGAUGUCUGUCAGUUUUUCAGGGUUCUCUUUUGAUAGCGAGUGAGAGAGAACUCUGCACAGCAUUCAAGAUGUAGGCACAUCAUACUCUGCUGUAAUAAGGAUGGUCUCUAGUUUUUAGUAACUUCUAAGGUUUGAUUUGCUUUGAGGAUUUUUUGAUUGCUAUUGAGCUCUGAGUUAAUACUAAUCAAGAAACAUCUCAACCCUAAUAGCUCAGAAUCCCUGGUUCUAUGUGAUGAGGAUAAUUUUGCCUGCUUGCUUCACUUUAUAUGCAUAUACCUUGAAUUUCUUUCUACCAGUUUGUAGUUGGCCCUUGUAAUUAACAUCCAAAAUAACUCCACCAUCAAAAAAUUUGUUUAUCUUAUGGGUCACUCUCUUGCACUUCAUUUAUGGAUGUACUGGGCAGCACAGGAUCCCCUGAAACACCAGUGGACACCUUCUCUAGCUGAGAGAACUGACACUUUACUUUUUACCCCCGUGCCUAUCUUUUGACUUAACCAGUGCAGGAUUUUCUCUCCUAAAUGUGGCUGCUUAAUACCUUUCAAAAGUUUGCAGUGAAGGAUUUUUCAAAUACCUUUGGAAACCCUAAGGGAACAUAUCAAUCAGUGCUUUAUCUGCAUGCUGUCAGCGCUCCUAAAGAAUUCUAAUACAAUCCUACACAAUUGUGAAGUGCAACUCCUUCCAGCCAAAGCAAUAUUGGCUCCUUCUAAACAAAUCAGGUCUAUGUGUCUUUUAUUUCCUUUAAUAUAGGAUCUGCUAUGUAUCUUAUACAGAUGUCAAUCAUGUAAUCAGAAAACUUAUUUUUUAAAGACUUCCUUGGGAUAUGAUCCUGAAGAGGAGGGGCCAAGGACAGCUGGUUGGUUUUAAAAGAUUGCCUUUUACAAACUCAAGAUUCAGUCCUCAUAAACAGGAAAUCAGGCAAAGGUGGCAGGAUGCCCCCAGGGAUAAAAAAGGAGCUCCUGAUUAAACUCAAAUGUAAAUAAUAAAUAUGCAAGAGUUGAGAGACCAGUGGGGAGUCUGAAGCAAGGAAGACUUACUGUUGGUAAAGAAGGAUGAGGUUAGGGAACAUUUAAACAAGACUUACAGAAGUUCAGAGGACCUGAUGGGAUGCACUCACAAAUGCUGACAGAGCUUGCCAGUGUCACUGUGGGGCAACUCUUGACUACCUUUGAAAGGUCGUGUGGUCAGGAGAGAUUCCUGAGGUCUGGAAGAAAACAAAUCUAACUCAUGUCUGCAAGAUGGCCAAAAAGGAGGAUGUAGAAAAUUACAAGCCAGUCAGCCUCACCUAAAUCCCUGGGAAACUGGUGGAAUGCACCAUUCUGGAAAUCAUUGCCAAAUAAAUGAAGGACAAAAAGGUGUUUCGGGGAUCAUAGGGGAUUUGUCAAGAGGAAAUCAUGUUUGAUCAACUUAGGAGCCUUCUGCAGUGAGAUUACUGGCUGCUAGAGAGCAGUGGUUGUUGCUUAUCUUGACUUUAGGUUUUGAUGCUGUUUCCCAUUACAUUCUCAUAAAGAAACUGAUGAAGCACUGACUAGAUAGUGGAAACUGAAAAUUAGCUGAGCCACUGGGCUCAGUGUUGUGAUCAAUGGCAUGAAGUCCAGUGGGAGACCAGUCACUAGUGGUGUAUCCCAGAGAUCAAUACUGGACACAGUGCAGGUUAACACCUCCAUUAAAGCCUUGGAUGAUGGGAUGGUGCACCCUCUGCAAGUUUGCAGUUGAUACAGAAUUGGAUGGAGCAGUCAAUACCUUGGAUGGUUGUGCUGGUGUUCAGAGAGAUCUUACCAAGCUGGAGAAAUUAGCUGAUGGGAACCGAUGCAGGGGGCUGGGGGCCAACCGCUUGGAAAGAAGCUUUGCAGGGACCUGGAGCUGCUGGCAGACACCAGGUUGAACAUGAGCAAGCAAUGCGCCCUUGUGGCAAAGGCGGCCAACAGCAUCUGUGGUGCAUUCCAAAGGGUGGUGCCAGCUCUUCUGGAGCGCUGCUACAAGAGGUUAUUCCCCGCUGUUCACUCAGCCCUGGUGAGACGCGUGGAGCUCUCUGGUCAGCUCAGGAUUCUGCCAGAACAAGAAAGUCAUGGCUGUACUGGACCAGGAGUGCAGCAAAGGGCCAUUAAGUUGAUUACAGGAAUUUUAUCUUCUGUCUUAAUCUUCAUGCUCUUACUUAAGGUUUAGUGUCUUUGGUUCCCAAAUAGAAAUAUCGACAGACAUUUCAAAAUAGGUUUUGAAAAAAGAAGCAUAAGCUACAAUUCUGAUGCUACUCUCUUUAUUUGGAGGUGGGGUGGAGUAUUGCAGGUAAACAUAUUUGAUAAUUAAGUGGGGAACCUUUAUCUGUUUCUCUUUUACAGAGCUUCUGGCUUCCCAUCAACCAGAAGCUUCUGUAACCCUGGU